GAGAGACGUAGAAUAGCGAGGGAGUGUGUAUGCGAGGGGGUAAGAUUUGAGAAAUAGGAGGGGCUUCAAAACGACUAGAAAUGUCAAUCUGAGCAACGAGUCCCAAUAAUCUAAAGCAAUCUGUAAGGACCUGACCUUAGUCCGUCCAGAUCAAUAGGGAAGAGAAGGUGGCGAGCGGCAUCGGAUCGUUUACACUGGGCUGUUUUCCGAGGAGAUAUAGACUUCCCUUCGACUUUGGUGCGCGUAAAGUGGAUACCUCGGCGACCCAACGCUUCACCGUGUGAUUGUAGCAGACUUUUUUCUACCACCAUGUCUUUCCCGCAGCUGGGAUAUCAGUACAUCCGCCCGAUAUACCCGCCGGAGCGCCAGGGGAUCGGCGGUGGCGGUGCCCGGGCCGGGACGGAGCUCAGCCCGUCUGGAGCUCUGUCCAACGUCCUGUCCACUAUGUACGGAUCGCCUUUCGCCGCCGCCGCGCAGGGCUAUGGAGCGUUUCUGCCCUACUCCAACGAAAUAUCCAUUUUCAAUCAAUUGGGUGCUCAGUACGAGCUGAAGGACAGCCCGGGCGUCCAACACCCAGGGUUCGCCCACCACCACCCAGCUUUCUACCCCUACGGCCAGUACCAGUUUGGCGACCCGUCGAGACCAAAGAACGCGACCCGGGAGAGUACGAGUACCCUGAAGGCCUGGCUCAGCGAGCACCGCAAGAACCCCUACCCCACCAAGGGCGAGAAGAUCAUGCUGGCCAUCAUCACCAAGAUGACCCUCACGCAGGUUUCCACCUGGUUCGCCAACGCCAGGAGGAGGCUAAAGAAGGAGAACAAGAUGACCUGGACCCCCAGGAGCCGCACGGAUGAGGAGGGGAAUGUUUACAACAGCGACCAUGAAGGAGACGAAGGGGACAAGCGGGAGGACGAGGAGGAGAUCGAUCUGGAGAACAUCGACACGGAGAAUAUCGAGAAUAAGGACGAUUUGGACGACCAGGACGAUCUGAACUCCGAUAAUAAAUUAGACGGCAGGAGUGACUCUGAAAUUUCUGACGGCUAUGAGGAUUUACCAGGGCCCGACCCGAGGUUUAUUAAAGCCGUAGGGAAAGAGGGCAAAGAGAUCCACGUGGAAAGGGGCGAGCACUUGCACAACCACCAUCAUCACCAUCACACUUUUGAAAUUAAAGCGUCGGAGCCCAGUGGGGAACCGCUGAAAGUUAACCCGGCGUCCGUCAACUCCCCGCCCUCAGAGAACAGCGCCAAUGCCCCGACCCAGAAACCCAAAAUCUGGUCUUUGGCAGAAACUGCUACAGCCCCUGACAAUCCGCGCAAAUCUCCUCAGAUGAACGGCAGCUCGGUGCAUGGCCCGUCCGCUCAGACUCUCCUCACUCCGCACAGACUAAUUUCUUGUCCUGUUGGGAAAAUCCAGAACUGGACGAACCGAGCUUUCUCAGCCCACCAGUUGGCGUUACUGAACUCAAACCAUUACCUCGGACUGGCGAACCAGGCCAACGGCCUCGCCCUGUACAGCAGGCAAACAGAAGACAAGAACCAUAGCUCAGAAACCACAGGCACAGGUACAUGUCCCCGACACUGAGACUCCGCAGCAUGUCACCAUAUCUCCGGUGCGCCUAUUCGUUGCUAUUAUUAUUAUUAAUUUUAUUAUUAUUUCAAACCCUUUUUUUGACCUCUUUAUUAGCCUACUACUAUUCACCGGUGAACACAGACAUAUGUUCGAGGCCAAACAGGGAGCAUACGAGUGUGUGUGUGUGUGUGUGUGUGUGUGUGUGUGUGUGUGUGUGUGUGUGUGUGUGUGUGUGUGUGUGUGUGUGUGUGUGUGUGUGUGUGUGUGUGUGUGUGUGUGUGUGUGUGUGUGUUUGUGCGUGUGCUUGUGCUUGUGCGUGUGUGUUUAAGUGUGUAUCCAAUGUAAUACCCACGUGAUAGAAAAUACUAAAGGUGUGUGAAUGAUUUGAAUUGAGCGAAUCAAAUAAUAGUUUUGGAACCGAGUGCUGAGCGCCUUCUGAAAGGCUGUACAUAGGCAGUCAAAUCCUCACAUGUUUCGAUGGUUGCCUCCAUUAUUGUUUUUAUUCUCCUUUUGUUACUGAAGGCCGAGGCGCAUGUAUAUUCAAAAGGCUUGAUCUCUCACACCAACUUUUCUUUUUAAACCAAACUCUCUGCAUCCGUAUUGGAUUUCCUUAAUAUAUAUUUAAAUUAAUGCUUUUUCAAGGAUGUUUAAGUACCAUUAUUUCAGAGAGAUCAUGUGCCUUCAAAGCAGAUAAUUAAAAUGGCUAUUAAAAAACAAUUGCAGCGCCAGUUCAAACGACGAUAAGAGGCUGCCACUGGGAAAUUAUCCUUUUUAAAUACCAUAUCAUAUUUAUAUUUGUGAAAUUCGACAUGCAGUUUAUUUAGUUUUUUCUGCGCUUGAAGACGCGACUUGCAUCCUUGUUAUGGGCUUCGUCCAGGGCCUCUGCUAUUUACAUAUAUGCUCAUGCAAAUGAGCAAAAUUCAAAUCCACCACACAAUCACCAAGGCUUGUUUUUGGAAAGCAAUCGUCACUUUUAUAUCACGUUCUGUUUAGGCUCUUCAUGAAGUUACUAAUAGUUGUUUUAUAGGACAGGCCAACUAAAUUUUUUUGGGCCUGUGAACCAUGAGUUCAGAGGCGUUCUCCCCUAGGCUUUCUCCUCUUAGUUUUCAUUUAAAUCUUUUGUAUGGAAUGUUAAAUAAGAAUACUACAUCUCUGUAUAAUUACAUUGUAAGCAUGUCCUGUGUAAAACUGCUAAUGUAAUAAUGUAAAAACCUGUAUUCUGUGCGUUUUCUUUUCUUUUUUUCUUCUUAUUUUUUGUAAGUUCUGUGAGGAUUUGAUGUUAAUGUUUUGUAUAUAAAGUUAAGAAAAUGUACAUACUUGUGAACCAAAUUGUACAAGAAAGUCUAUAUUUUGGCUAAUAAAUGAACAGCUGCAACUUUAAAGAACUGGUUUACCUUUG